AUCCGAUAACGACUCCAAUCGGUUUUUUUGGAAAGUUUCAAAUCCUUGAUCAAUUUGAUUCAUUUGGCGUCAAUUUCAGCACCGAUCAGUUGUCACUUGUAGAAGAAGAGGAAAGGAAAAUGGAACCAGUGAUGUUUGAGGAGAAAGAUUUUCUGGCAUGCUGUGGUUGCACUAAAUUCGCUAAAGAAAUGGCGUUGGCCUCCCCUUUUACCUCCCUCGAUGAAGCUGUCGCUGCAGCCAGAAAGAUCUGGUUCAACAAGGUUGAUGUGAAUGGUUGGCUGGAAGCGUUCUCGUCUCAUCCUCAGAUCGGACAAUCGCCUUCUUCCCCCGCCGCUUCUCACACUGCUGCUCAGUGGAGCAAGGGAGAGCAAUCAACUGCUUUAGCAACUGCUACUGAUUCCAGUUUACAGGAACUCUCUCACUGGAAUGCCCAAUAUAAGGAAAAGUUUGGAUUUAUAUUUCUUAUAUGUGCAUCAGGAAGGAGUACUACUGAAAUACUUGCUGAAUUAAAGAAACGGUACCAAAACAGACCCAUAGUUGAAUUUGAGAUUGCAGCUCAAGAGCAAAUGAAAAUAACAGAACUACGUCUUGGAAAGCUCUUCUCAACUAAAAUAAAUGCUGCUUCAACUGGUAACCAGCAUUCCACAAGUUUUGGAGCAAAAGCAGAAGAAGAUCGUGUGGGCAUUAUUGGAGGACAUUUGACUGCUGCUCUCAACUUUUCAUCUGGAAAGGCAUCUCAAACUCCAACUCGAACCCGUCCACCCAUUACCACUCAUGUAUUGGAUGUUUCUCGGGGUUGUCCAGCUGGCGGUGUUGAGGUGUGUUUGGAGAUGUGGAAUGGCACUCAACCCCGUCCCCUUUUCGGUGAGAUAGGUGUAGACAGUUGGGUAGUUCAGGGGGCUUCAACUACAGAUGCUGACGGGCGAUGUGGUCAACUGAUGAGCAUGGUUGAUGUUGUGAACCCAGGAAUAUACAGAAUAAGUUUCAAUACAGGCAAGUAUUGUCCAUCUGGGUUCUUUCCUUAUGUUUCUAUUGUGUUUGAAAUCAGAGAGGCACAGAACAGGGAACAUUUUCAUGUUCCUCUGCUAUUUUCACCAUUCUCGUUCACUACUUACCGGGGCAGCUAACUGUAAUUUUUCCAUUAUGAAUGAGAAAUUGACAAUGUUGCACUGAAUGCUGAUUGUUUAAUAGUAAAAUUGUUCUGGAGUGUAGCAGUAAUAGUUGAUGCUUAAACAAGGUUUUAGUCAA